UGGUGCCCUUUUUCAUACCAACGCCCACUUUCUUCCUUGUAGGCUUGCAGAAUCUCCGGCUACCUUCUGCACUCAACGCCAUGACAAUACCGCCGGAGAACGACCAGUUUGCUCUUUCAAACGACCGGAUUUCUUCUCUUCUUGAUGAUAUUCCGCUCAUCAACAAUUUCAAGGGGAAAUGGUCUUCAAUCAGAGCGAAACUCUCCGAUCUUCGCACACAGUUGAUAGAUGUUUCUGAGUUUCCGAAUUCGUCUUCCAAUCCUCUUUCUGUUGAUUUUCUUCAUUCUGUUUUGGAAGUUCUUAGUGAGGCGGCUUCUCUCUCGGAGAAGUGCCGGAAUCCGGAACUUUCCGAUGGUAAACUCAAGACUCAGAGCGAUAUUGACUCGGUUCUUGCGAAGUUGGACUCUCUACUUAAAGAUGGUGAGGUUUUGAUUCGGAGUGAGAUUCUUCAUGAUGGUGCGGUUUCGAGUUCGUCGUCUAGGAGGGAGGCUGUGCGGGCGGAGUCGAGGAAUUUAAUCACGAGGUUGCAGAUUGGGAGCAUUGAAUCGAGGGUAUUGGCUAUUGAAUCGCUGUUGAAGUUGUUGAAUGAGGAUGAUAAGAAUGUAACGAUUGCUGCGGCUCAAGGGAUUGUUCCUGUUCUUGUUCGGCUACUGGAUUCCAGUUCUUUAGAACUGAAGGAACGGGCUGUUGCUGCUAUUUCCAUCGUUUCAUCGGUGGAUGGUGUUAGGCAUUUAAUGAUUGCUGAAGGUCUACAGCUUUUGAAUCACUUGCUGAGGAUUCUCGAUUCUGGUAGCGGUUUUGCUAAGGAGAAGGCCUGUUUAACCCUCCAACCUUUAAGCAUUUCGAAAGAAAAUGCUAGAUCAAUCGGUUCUAGAGGAGGAAUUUCAUCUCUAUUGGAGAUUUGUGAGGCCGGCACUCCCGGUUCUCAAGCCUCAGCAGCUGCUGUUCUUAGAAAUCUUGCAUCAUUUGGUGAAAUUAAAGAGAAUUUCAUUGAAGAAAAUGGGGUUAUCGUUCUUUUGGGGCUUUUAGCCUCGGGAACUCCGUUAGCUCAAGAAAAUGCAAUUGGAUGUCUAUGUAAUUUAGUUGCAGAAGAUGAUAAUCUGAAGCUCUUGAUCGUUAGAGAAGGUGGGAUCGAGCUUUUGAGAAGUUUCUGGGAUUCAGCUCCAUCAGUUCAUAGUCUCGAAGUGGCUGUGGAGCUUUUGGGGCUCUUGGCUUCAUCUGCCCCGAUCGCCGAAGCUCUUAUCUCAAACGGGUUUGUUGAUCGGCUUCUUCCAGCUCUAAGCUGCGGAGUAUUAGGCGUUAGAACUGCCGCAGCUCGAGCAGUUUACGAGCUCGGAUUCUGCACAAAAACAAGAAAAGAUAUGGGGGAAGCUGGAUUCAUCACACCCUUGGUUAAUAUGCUAGAUGGCAAGUCUGUUGAGGAGAAAGAAGCAGCUGCCAAGGCAUUGUCUUCUCUAUUACAAUACACAGGUAACAGAAAAAUUUUCCAGAAAGAAGAGAAAGGGAUAGUAAGUGCAGUCCAACUCUUAGACCCUUCAAUAUCAAAUCUAGACAAGAAGUACCCUGUUUCAUUAUUAGCCUCGGUUAUGAUAUCAAGCAAGUGUAGAAAGCAGAUGGCUGCUGCUGGUGCUGGUUUAUAUCUUCAAAAGCUUGUUGAAAUGAAUGUUGAUGGAUCAAAGAAACUAUUGGAAUGUCUUGGCCGAGGUAAAAUCUGGGGUGUCUUUGCCAGAUCUUAGCCAUGGUGGGCAGUUUCUAAACUCUGUUUAUUGUAUAGAAGCAGAAACAUGAUUCAUGAAUCUGUAUGUACAAUAGAUGUUUGUAUAUUUUUCAUUAAUGGGUCUUGAUUUUAGUUUAUAAGUUCAUAACCUUUUGUGUUCUAUGUGGUAGAUAGAAAUGUUUAAUGCUGCAGUAUGCUAGCUGAAUUUGAGGAUCACUUAUACUGAUAUGAUCUAGGUUUGAUGACCCAACUUGAUUUUGAUUCUGUGAUCAUUACAGCAAUGUUCAUUGUUCAAUAAUCGAAUGGCACAGCUCCAAUUAUUUCU